AUGUUGCUGCCAGGCGGUGGCUUCUUUACUUCAACUGACCACUUCAGUCACCUGUUCUGCGACAAACCAGCAUUAGAACCCGAAGUUGCGACUUGGAAGGGACAGUUGUGCCGUCGUCUCUUUCAAGGACUAAUUGUUGCUCGUCCGAAGCAAUUUGUCAAACUGCCCCCAAAGCAGGAGAUCGAUUACCCAUACAAUUCAACAAAGAGGAUGUGGAAUCUUCGCGUCAUCUCCAGGGUAUGGGAGGCAAGGUACUUUCAGAGACAAAAACAGCAGACUCAAUACCCAGUAAAGCAGAUUGAACUAUUCUUAAAGGCCAUGGGACAGAUAACCGAGGCCGAGCGGCUGGCAUCUGCCCUCUUCUCUAUUGGUAGGCCUAACCCACUGCCCGAAAGAGAAAUCCAAACUUCCAUCGAGUCCUUUCGACAGCCCAACACCCCACUUGCAGAUACAGGCCAUCACAACGAAGACGAUGAGCUAGACAUCCGAAGACACUACUGCACCCGCUGA